GCAAUCACCGCUGCCUGCUGUGAGGUUCUUCGACGGAACAACCAUGGAGGGUUCUCAAUUCGAUGUUUUUCUCAGCUUUAGAGGUAAAGACACUCGGAAAGGAUUCACCGACCACCUACACGAGGGCCUUAAGCUUCGCGGCAUUUCCUCAUUCAUAGACAGUGAGAACUUGGAAAAGGGUGAGAAGAUUGGAGAGCUGCUUGGAUACAUUGAAAAAUCUAAAAUUUGUAUCCCCAUCUUCUCCAAUGGUUAUGCUGAUUCAAGGUGGUGUUUAAGAGAGCUCGCCAAAAUAGUGGAGUGCAACAAAAAGGUGAUUCCUGUGUUCCUUGACGUGGAUCCGUCGGACGUUAAAAAACAGAGCGGUCCCUUUGCUUCGGCGUUCGAGAAACAUGAAUCAGAAGGGCAGCUAAAGCCUGAGGAGGUGAGAAAGUGGAGGGACGCGUUAACAGAAGUGGGGAAUAUCUCUGGUUUCACCCUGGAGGACACGGAUGGGCAUGAAGCAAAGCUAAAGCUUGCAAUCAUUGAGAAAGUGUUAAGUAAACUAAACUGGAAGCCAUUUUUAGUUGCAAAGCAUCCAAUUGGAAUUGAGACUCGCGUUCAAGAAGUGAAGAAAAUGUUAGAGAAUGGUGACGAUGAUGUUCACGUUGUUGGAAUCCAGGGUAUGGGGGGUCUUGGAAAGACAACAAUUGCCAAGGCUGUUUACAAUGACUUGAUCGAUGUGUUUAGUGGUGCCCAUUGUUUUAUCUCAGAUAUCAGGGAAAAAUCUGGAGAACCCAAUGGAUUGGUCACCUUAGAGAAGCAACUCUUUCGUGACAUUUUCGGAUGUGAAAAUAUUUCCUUAAGUAAUGUUGCACAUGGAAUAAGCUUGAUCAAGGAAAGAGCCAAACGUAAAAGAGUUUUGCUUGUCUUAGACGAUGUUGAUUCCAUAGAUCAAGUCGAUGCAUUGGCUGGUGAGAGCGAUUGGUUUGGCUCAGGAAGUGUGAUCAUCAUCACAACCAGAGAUGAAAAGGUACUGCGAGCCUGCAAUGUGAAACAACACAAAAUUUACAAGCCAAAAGAACUAAAUGAAGCUCAGUCUCUGGAACUUUUUGCACAUCACGCAUUUAGGGGUAAGCUCCCACAGGGAGAAUAUCUACAGUUAUCAAGUGAAGUUGUUGCUGCAGCUGGUGGGUUACCGUUAACGCUUGAAGUGCUGGGAUCACUUUUAACUUAUGACAUGGAUGUACAAAAAUGGAAAGAUAUGUUAAAGAAGCUGCAAAAUAUCCCCCCUACCAAAGUUCGACAGAGGUUGAAGUUAAGCUAUGACAGUUUGGAGGAAUUAGAGCAGCAAAUAUUUCUUGAUAUUUCGUGUUUCUUUAUUGGUUGGGGCAGAGAGAACGCUAUUUAUAUGUGGGAGGACUCUGGCUGGUUCCCACAUCUAGCAAUUGACGUGCUUGUGCAAAAGUCUCUCAUUAAGAUAGAUGAGAAAAGUGGACAGUUUCAGAUGCAUGAUCAAAUACGAGACAUGGGGAGAGCAAUAGUUCAGGGAGGAAGCCCUCGAAAGCCUCAGAAGCAGAGCAGAGUAUGGAUUUAUCAGGACUCCUUGGAUUUGCUACACCGAAAGGUACCAGGUACUCUUGAUGUUGAAGGGAUGGAGAUCAUGCCAAACGACAAAAAGUGGUACGGGAAAUGUGUUAGUGCUCAAUGCUUUGAAAGAAUGUGCAACCUGAGAUAUCUCUAUGUUCAGCAUGUAAACUUUCGAGGAACGUUCAGUUGUUUUCCUACAGAUUUGAAAUGGGUAUUCUUGGAUAAUUGCCACUUUGACUCACCACCAUCUGAUUCUGAUUUUAAUCUCGAGAAGGUUGUCAUCCUUAACCUCCAUAAAACAAACAUGGCUCAAAUUCUUAUAAACCAACUGAGAGUAGCGGCCUUUGAAAAGUUGAAAACUCUCUCAUUUCGUGGAGUAGAAAUAAAGAUGACUCCUAAUUUCACGUGUCUCCCUUGCCUGGUGAACUUGACACUUGAUGAAUGCCCAGCAUUAACUACGAUUGACGAAUCAAUUGGGGAACUCAAGAGCUUGACUUACUUACGCGUAAGCACAUGCGAGAUUCUAGAAAAACUGCCAGACUCCAUUUGCAGAAUAAGUUCACUUAAAGUCCUUCGCUUGAAGUCCUGUUCCACACUUUCCUCUUUGCCGAAACGAUUAGGGGAUCUGGAGUCCCUUGUGGAGCUGAAGAUUAAGGACGCAAGCAUCACUACUAUUCCUGAAUCAAUCGCCGGACUUACAAACCUUUGUAAGUUGUCGGUGACUCACUGUGAACAAUUGAAUGUGCUGCCUGAUUCUAUUUGUCUUUUAAGUUUGCUUGAAUGCCUUAAUGUUGCACAUUGUUCUCGUUUGGCUUCUUUGCCAGAGCGAUUAGGAGACUUGUCAUCACUCGCGGAGCUUGAACUGAAUCUAACAGGAAUUGAGGUUCCUUAUUCAGUAGGUCAACUUAUAAACUUGAGGAAGCUUUCUGCGAGGUUUUGUUGGAGGGUAUCAAGGUUACCUGAUUCCAUUUGUCAGUUAAGCUGUCUUGAAGUGCUGGAUUUGGGCUUGUGCCAGAAACUUUCUUCUGUACCAGAACGGCUAGGGCACAUGCAAUCGUUAGAGACGCUUGACCUUUCAUAUUCAGGCAUUCAUACCAUACCUAAUUCAAUUGGACAGCUCACCAACCUUCGCCGGCUGUCUUUGCAACAGUCAGACUGCUUGAGAGAACUACCUGAUUCCAUUUGCUGGUUAAGUUUAUUGGAAGCGCUCUACCUUCAAUGGUGUUUGAAUUUUUCCUCUCUGCCAGAAAGAUUGGGCGACAUAGAGAAACUGAAGAUUCUUAUUCUUGACCAAACAAGAAUACAGACGAUACCCAACUCAGUUGGACGGCUUAAAAACCUUCGUGUGCUAUCUUUGGAAGGUUGCAAGCUCCUAAAAGAAGUACCUGAUUCCAUUAGACAAUUGAGCUCCUUACAACAACUCAACGUGUCUGGAACAACCUUAGAGGGUUUUGAGAAACACAUUUCUCAUCUUGCAGCCAUUAAUGAACUGACAGGUUCAUCAUUUGAAUUGCUUGGCUUGAGCGAUCAGUCUCGCAAAGCCAUUAAGCAUCUUCGCUUGGUUGAUGCUACGAUCGAAGAGCUGCCUGAUUGUGUUGGAGGACUGGAAAGCCUGGAGAAGCUAUUGCUAGAAUGUGAAAUGCUCAGAGCAUUACCCAACUCGAUUGAGCAGCAUUUUAGAAAACUUACCAAAUUGGAGAUUAAAAGCAAGCAUCUAAAAGCUCUACCUGACUGCAUUGGGUUACUCAAACGGCUCCAGGGAUUGAGUCUGGAAUGUGAGAACCUCAAAACCUUACCGAGCUCAAUUGGGUCAUUGAAGGACAUGCGGUCCUUGAAGUUGUAUUGCAUGAAGCUUGAAGUUCUACCUGAUUCGAUUGGAAGGUUGGGAAAUAUUGAAUGUUCUUGGAUUGAAUCUCAAAAUUUGAAAACCCUACCUAACUGGAUCGAGUCACUAGGACGGGUUCAAGAUCUGAGACUACACUGCGAGAUCCUGGAGGCAAUACCGGAUUCCAUUAUAGGAUUGAAAGAACUUCAUUACUUGGAAGUCUCUUCAAGUUGUCUUAAAGUGCUACCCAACUCUAUUGGGUCUUUGAAAAAGGUUCGGAAAUUAUUACUGAACUGCCCAAACCUCGAGAAGCUAGCCGAUUCUAUUGGAGAACUAGCUACUCUUUCGUCCUUGGAAGUAUACUCGGAUGGUCUUAAAUAUUUGCCCAACUCCAUUGGCUUUCUGAGAAGGAUUGAACGAUUGAUGCUAAAGUGUGAAAACCUUGAAGCUUUGCCUGUUUCCAUGGAAACGCUGAAGAGUUUGACAGAAUUAGAAAUGUUUUGUAACAAUUUCUCAGCUCUUCCUGAUUUCAUUGGACGAUUGGAAAAUCUGGUGAGCUUCUCGUUCCAGAGUAAGAACCUAAAACACUUGCGUGUAGCAACCGGGUCUUUCGCUAGACUGCAGGAUCUAUCAUUAAGUGGUUGUCGGAAGUUGAAAGUCCUGGCAGACACCCCUAUUCAGGAAACAGGUUUGGCUCACCUCCCAUCGUUACAGUCACUUCAUUUGCAAGACUGCAGUAGCCUUGAGUAUCUUCCGCAGCUUCCCUCUUCUCUAUGCGUACUUGAUGCUUCGGGAUGCACCAAUUUGCGAAAAGUAUCAGAUGUUUCAGGCUUGAAAUUUUUGAAGGCUUUGAGGUUGGGCGGCUGUAAGUGGAUUGAAUAUGUGCCUGGCCUCGAAAAUAUUGUAAUCCACUUGGAAGAGCUAGUAUUGCCUGGUCCUUAGAAUUUCAAGGGGUGUUGCCACCUUAGUCAUGAUUUCAAAAAUAAAGCGUUCAAGGAGAUAGCUUUUGAAAAUUUGAGAAGCUUCGGAAUGUCAGGCUUCCUGCAGAGAGGCACAGCGACAGGACAGCAGCAGCUAUACACUUUAUGCUCCCAAGAUUGCCAUUUCGUAGGUUGGUCAGAGCACGUCUAAAAUUGAGGCUACUAGAGGUUUUGUCACCCGUCUACACAGCCAUCUUGGCUGAUGACGUUAUUGUCUUUGAGAAACAAACAGGCGGGUGCAGCGAGGUGGAAUUCAACUUGAAAGAGGUGAGUAUCUUGAACAUAGGGGACGGAGAGGAGGAGCAUUGCUAUACAUUGCAGGUGACGACAGAUGUGUCCGAACUGCACGAUGCUUGGGCAGUGCUCUACACGGAUAUACUGUAGGUGGACGGCGUUUGCGUUCGGAAAACCAGCGGUUCCUCAAGAAAAACUUACUACCCGACCACUCUGCGCGAUCGUUUUGAUGACCCUCCAAAAUGGUAUAUCGCGGUCAAUCGAUUUGUGGUAAUUUCAUGCCGAAGCAAGAAAUAACAUUAUUAUCAGCAUUAUUGCUUGAAAACGCAUCUGCUGGAGGUUGGCGUCCAUCCGGCCUUUUUAUUACUGACAUGAGAAAAAACCAAUAUACACAGCAAAGGUAACAAGAGACACAGGGUUACUUAGCCUCAGCAAAAACUAUGCAGAAGAGCAGAAGUGAGAAGCAAAAGAAACGCCUUCACACACACCAAAUUCGUAGCUGGUAGGUCUGUACCGAUCUUGAUUUGGCUUGCAUAUCUUUUGAUGCAGACUUGGUCAGCACAUAGCAAGCUCCUGGCUUCAAGGGCGACAGUGAGAGAUCCUUUCCACUUAGUCUGGUUAGAGAUAAUCAAAUCAAACCUUUCUUUCCCACCAGUUCCCUAGAGCAGAGCUCCCAAUAUCAGAUCAAGCAUUUGUUUUUCAUUACCCCAAUCUUAACAAGAAACACCACCUUUCUGUGACCCCCUAGAUUAAUACCUGCAGCCAUUUUGCAGCAGUUUCUGUUCUUCUCUGAUACUAUCUGCACACAUUACUUCCUUGCUGCUGAAUUCUUGGCCAAGCUCCUGCGCUAAUACCAGUUUGCAGCCAUACAAGACACUUCUGAUAAUCUUCCUCCUUGUUCAAGGUAACUGGGGAUACAUCUGAAGAUUCUGAACACAACCUCCGAACCUCCCCCUCAAAACCCAAUGCUGUGGCUUUAUAAUCCUCAAACAUACACUUGUUCGAAGUUUCCAGACGUUUCAUUUGACUGUACAUGUGGAUGUCAUGACUGCUAUGAUGCAGGAAAGCAGAGUGAGAAGAGAGUGGGGAAAGAAUGGAUGAGGGAAUUGAGCAGGAAAAAUAAGUAAUGGAUUGUAUGCAUCUACUUUAAAUAGUCAGGCAUAUUAGGUUUUAUAUAUGAGUAAGAUUCUAGGUGAUGCAGGUCAGGUGUACAAUAGGCUAGAGCAAGGGACCGCAAACACAAUUUUGCAUCAUUUGCAAAUUCAUCGAUCGGUAGUUGCAACUUGAAACAGAAACUUUAUCUUUACCGUAAAUCUUUGGUCAAUUGAAACAGCAGCCAGGAAAAGAUCCAAAACUUCUUGAUUGAUUCACUUGUUUGAAAUGUCUAUUUCCCGUGGAUGGGAUGAAGUCGCAAAGUUUUUGGGUGAAAAGCAUGGACACAAGUUUGGUGCUCCAGAAAUGUCUGGCUAAAUCUCAUAAUGUUCUAAGGCUCUCUGUUUUGGCGAAACUCAUGGCAAAAUGUGAACAUACAUGAAAAGGAAUAAGAAUAAUGAAAACUGAAGAGGGUUAAACGGUUUAUCAUAUGGCAUU